CACUCUAUUUUCCUUCCGUUACUAACACCAAGCAAACAGUAGAAGCGUUUCAAACGCGUGAUUACAAUCUCCAUUUCAAAAUCACCAAAAUCAUCAAAAUCAAAAUUCUCCACACACCGCAACGCAACGCAACACUAAAAAAAGACGCACAGUACACACCGAUUUCGAAUCUCCACCUCUCCAAUCAAACCGUUACAUUCCAAAACCCUAACUAGGGUUCCACUUUCUCCACCGAUCCAAUCAAUCAUGGUGGACGACACCGUCACAUCUCCUCCUCAUCCUCCCUCAUCCUCCUCCCCCGUCCCCCUCGGUUCCGGCGUGAUCUCUUUGGUUAACCGACUUCAAGACAUUUUCUCCCGCGUCGGAAGCCAAUCGGCUAUCAACCUACCUCAAGUCGCGGUUGUCGGAAGUCAGAGUAGCGGCAAGUCUAGCGUUCUUGAAGCUCUCGUCGGCCGUGACUUCCUUCCGAGGGGUAACGAAAUCUGUACUCGUAGACCUCUUGUUCUUCAGCUCGUUCGGAGUUCUGAACCGGCAGAUGAAUACGGCGAGUUUCUCCAUUUGUCCGGGAAGACGUUUUAUGAUUUCUCGGAUAUUCGUAGGGAGAUUCAGGCUGAAACUGAUAGGGAAGCGGGAGAAAACAAGGGCGUCUCAGACAGGCAGAUUCGUUUGAAGAUUGUGUCACCAAAUGUUUUGGACAUGACACUUGUAGAUCUCCCAGGUAUUACAAAGGUUCCUGUUGGCGAUCAGCCUUCUGAUAUUGAAGCCCGGAUCAGAACAAUGAUCAUGUCAUAUAUCAAAGAGCCCUCCUGUCUUAUUCUAGCUGUCACACCGGCAAAUUCAGACUUGGCUAAUUCAGAUGCUCUUCAGAUGGCAGGAGUGGCUGAUCCCGAGGGUAAUAGAACGAUCGGUGUAAUCACAAAGUUGGAUAUCAUGGACAGAGGUACUGAUGCCCGAAAUCUGUUACAAGGAAAAGUUAUUCCCCUCCGACUUGGCUAUGUUGGCGUUGUAAAUCGUAGUCAGGAGGAUAUUCAAAUGAACCGGAGUAUAAAAGAUGCUCUUGUUGCUGAAGAGAAAUUUUUCCGCAGCCGUCCUGUAUACAACGGUCUAGCGGAUAGUUGUGGUAUACCUCAACUAGCAAAGAAGUUAAACCAGAUUCUAGCACAACAUAUCAAAGCUGUGCUACCUGGGCUGAGAGCACAUAUAAGCACUAACCUAGUUACUGUUGCAAAGGAGCAUGCGAGCUAUGGAGAAAUCACAGAGUCUAAGGCUGGUCAGGGCGCUCUUCUCCUGAACAUUCUUUCAAAAUAUUGUGAAGCAUUCUCCUCCAUGAUUGAGGGAAAGAAUGAGGAGAUGUCUACAUCCGAGUUAUCCGGCGGGGCACGAAUUCAUUAUAUUUUUCAAUCCAUCUUUGUCAGGAGUUUAGAGGAGGUAGAUCCAUGUGAAGGCUUGACUGAUGAUGAUAUUCGUACUGCCAUACAAAACGCAACUGGGCCAAGAUCAGCAUUGUUUGUACCAGAAGUACCAUUUGAAGUCCUUGUGCGAAGGCAAAUCUCUCGUCUAUUGGAUCCAAGUCUUCAGUGUGCGAGAUUUAUAUAUGAUGAAUUAAUUAAGAUGAGCCAUCGCUGUAUGGUGACUGAACUGCAGCGGUUCCCUUUCUUAAGGAAGCGCAUGGAUGAAGUUAUAGGAAACUUUUUACGGGAAGGCCUUGAACCAUCAGAGAACAUGAUUGCUCACAUAAUGGAGAUGGAGAUGGACUACAUAAAUACUUCACACCCAAAUUUUAUUGGUGGAAGUAAGGCAUUAGAAUUUGCAGUGCAACAGACCAAAUCUUCUAGGGCUGCCUUAUCAGUUUCUAGACCAAAGGAUGCUUUGGAAUCUGAUAAGGGACCAGCCUCUGAAAGAAGUGUGAAGUCACGGGCUAUUCUUGCUAGACAAGCUAAUGGAGUUGCUGAUUCGGCUGUCCGUACUGUAUCAGACGCCGAAAAAGUUGCAGCUUCUGGAAACAUUGGUGGUGGAUCAAGUUGGGGUAUCUCAUCCAUUUUUGGUGGAGGUGGUGAUAAGUCUGUGAAGGAGAGUGCUGCUAGUAAACAACAAGCUGAACCAUUUCAUAGCAUGGAACAAUCAUUUUCUAUGAUCCAUUUGACUGAGCCACCUCCUAUCUUGAGGCCUUCCGAUACUAAUUCAGAGACGGAAACUGUUGAAAUUACAGUCACAAAGUUGCUUUUGAAAUCGUACUAUGACAUUGUCAGGAAAAACAUUGAGGAUCUCAUCCCCAAAGCAAUUAUGCACUUCUUGGUAAACAACACCAAGAGAGAGCUACACAAUGUAUUCAUUAAAAAGCUAUACAGAGAUAACCUGUUUGAAGAGAUGUUGCAAGAACCUGAUGAGGUAGCCUUGAAAAGAAAGCGUUGUAGAGAACUUCUCCGAGCUUAUCAGCAAGCAUUUAAGGACUUGGAGGAGCUGCCCAUGGAAGCUGAAACAGUUGAAAGAGGAUACAGUUUACCUGAUACAAAUGGUUUGCCCAAAAUUCAUGGACUACCAACGUCAUCGAUGUAUUCAUCAAGUAAUAUUGGAGAUUAUUAUGGAGCUUCUCCUAAGCACCAUAAAUCAAAAAGGUCUUCUCAUUCUGGGGAACUUCAAUCUCCAUUUUAUGCUAAUGCAGAUUCCAACGGAAAUGGAAAACAAUCCGCCUCAGGUUUUUAUCCCACGCUUGAUACAUAGGCUAUAGCUAAACAUGCUCACUGGUCAAGUAGUUUAAUUCAAGGUGUGUUAUUCAUUUGAUUAGUUUGUAACAUUUGGGAUUUGGAGUUCUGCCUUCCAGAGCUGGAAUGCACGAACCUAAUGUUUUCUGACUAAGAUGGUCUUGAAUGUCGGUCAAGGCUUGGUUAACACAAGUUCACCUUUUGUUCUCAUAUAAGUUUGGCAUUAUUAAAAAGCUCCAGUAACAAUAAUAGGAGAGGUGAUCUUUCACAUUUUUGAGAAUCGGCUUUCUGUAUAUGAAUAUGAUGACCUUUUUUCUUUCUUUCGUUAGUUAGGUAUUGUCUUUAGCAAUUAUGCAGAUUUGCAAUUUGUUUGCAGUAAAAGCAGGACGUUAUUUGCUAUGUGAAAUGGUUUGCAAGUAGUGGUUUUCCCAUUGAUUGUUAUUGCAAUAUAUAUACAAGUUAUUCUUUAAUGCUAUGUUGAUUUGAUCUUUGCAAUGGUUGAAGUUGAAUUGUGAUA